ACUCAGUCAUGGGAGAGAUACGGAACAGCAACCAAGAUGACGAUUUUCAUCCUGCACCACAGUGGUUAACUGUGUCCUAUGUAGAGAAUAUUCUGCGUCAGUAUAAAAAGGAUGAGAAUCUCAAUGUAAACGAUUUGAGUAUCAAGCCUGCAACGGCUAAGGGUGAUAAUUACGCCAGCAUUAUGACCAGGAUUAAGGUGGAUUAUCUUCGCAGUGGUGCUAAAGUGCCUGAAACCGAGUUUUUCAUCGUGAAAACAACAUAUGAGAAUGAUCCUUUCAUAUCGAGCAUCUUUGCUAGCUACCAAGCGAGCACCACCGAAAUGGUGAUGUACGAUAAGAUCCUGCCGAAGCUGACUGUCCUCUUAGAAGACACAGAUCAGUCGGAGAAGAUAUUCGCGAAGACACUUCACGUGGACUACGAGCAUUCGGCGAUCAUCUUUGAGGAUCUCGCCGUGUCCCAGUACAUUAUCGGCGAUCGCUUGACCGGCUUCGAUCUGGAAUACACCAAGCUGACGUUGAGGAAGCUGGCCAAGAUGCAUGCUGCUGCUGCGGUGCUUAAUGAGCGCCAGCCAGGUUUUCUCACAAAACUAGAUCAUGGCAUUUUCAAUCGUCAUUCGCGUGGAUUUUCACCAAUGUUUGAAAGUUAUAUGGAAAUGGCUGCUCAGUUUGCCGGAGAGUGUCCGGAACUUGGCAAUGUCUAUGAGGAAAAACUAAAACGUCUACAAAAGUUGAUUAUGGAAUACACUGAGCGGGUUUACGAUCCUCAACCGGGUGAUUUCAAUACCUUAACCCAUGGUGAUCUGUGGGUCAAUAAUAUAAUGCUAAGACCAAAAACUGAACACAAUCCGCUGGACAUGCUACUGAUUGACUUUCAGUUCUCUGCUUGGGCCUCUCCGGCCGUGGAUCUCCAUUAUUUCUUCUCCACCUCUCUGCAGCCAGAAGUGCGCAUUACGCAACAGGAUGCAUUAAUCCAGUAUUAUCAUGGUAUACUGGUCGACACCCUGCGAGCAUUGGACUUUGCCGGCUACAUUCCCACGCUCCGACAGUUGUGGUUGCAGUUGGAAAAGGGCAAAUUUAUGGCCGUGGCUGUAUCCCUCACCUCUCAGGCUAUAAUGCUCAACGAUCAGAAUGCUGACGCCGAUUUUAAUGCUCUGAUGUUAGAUGACGAACGGAGUCGUAAUUUUAAGAAAACAACUUAUAACAAUAAGAAACUUAGGGAAAUUUUAAAGCACUGGCUGCCUAUUUAUAAUCAGUGUGGUCUCCUCGAUGUGCAGGAUUGAGAUUAGUACUUACUUUUUUUUCUAUAACUUGUAGUAUAAAUACUUAUAACGAAGUUAUGUUUACUCCCACACAUGUAGUUUUGUGUUUAAUAAAUAAUAUUUGAAUGAUAAAGUAAUAAA